UAUCAAAUAGAAAGAAAAUUUUAUAAAUCUCUGCUUGUACUCCCUGUGUCCACACACGAUCAAAAUAAGGAAAGAAUUGUGUAAAUUAAAAAAUAUAAUUAAAAAGAAUCAACAUGGAAAUGCCAUUAAAUUCUGUACGUAUAUUGAAAAAUGAAGCACAAGAGGAAAAGGGUGAAAUCGCUCGGCUGUCUUCUUUUAUCGGUGCGAUUGCCAUUGGAGAUUUAGUCAAAAGCACUUUGGGUCCAAAAGGUAUGGAUAAAAUAUUGGUUUCGAUUGGAAGAAAUGCUGGUAAUGUGGAAGUUACAAAUGAUGGUGCAACUAUUUUGAAGUCUGUGGGUGUGGAUAAUCCAGCUGCUAAGAUUCUUGUUGAUAUGUCACGCGUUCAGGAUGAAGAGGUAGGUGAUGGGACUACUUCAGUUACAGUAUUAGCUUCUGAACUGCUACGUGAAGCAGAAAAAUUAAUAGAACAAAAAAUUCAUCCGCAAACUAUUAUCAGUGGUUGGCGCAUGGCUACUGCAAUUGCAAGUCAAGAGUUGCAAAAGAACUCUGAAGAUAUAUCAACCGAUCCCGAAAAAUUUAAGGAAACAUUAAUGAACAUUGCCAAAACAACAUUAAGCUCAAAAAUUUUACAUCAACAUAAAGAUUUCUUUGCAAAACUAGCGGUAGAUGCAAUUUUACGUUUAAAAGGAUCUGGAAAACUGAACGCUAUUCAAAUUAUUAAAAAAACUGGUGGUGUUUUGGAGGAUUCUUUCUUAGAUGAGGGGUUUUUAUUAGACAAAAAACCCGGAGUUCAUCAACCUAAACGUGUUGAAAAAGCUAAAAUAUUAGUUGCUAAUACUCCAAUGGAUACUGAUAAAAUAAAAGUUUUUGGUAGUAGCAUAAAAGUAGAUUCUUUGUCCAAAAUAGCUGCCUUAGAAAUAGCUGAAAAAGAAAAGAUGAAGGAUAAAGUUCAAAAAAUUUUGAACCACAAAUGUAAUGUUUUUAUUAAUCGUCAAUUGAUUUAUAAUUACCCCGAGCAGUUGUUUGCUGAUGCAGGCAUAAUGGCAAUCGAACAUGCUGAUUUUGAUGGAAUUGAAAGAUUAGCUCUAGUUACUGGAGCUGAAAUUGUAUCAACUUUUGAUAAUCCUUCUCUUGUUCGAUUAGGAGAAUGUGAUCUGAUUGAACAGGUAAUGAUAGGAGAGGACACAUUAUUGCGCUUUAGCGGUGUAAAAUUAGGAGAAGCUUGCACGAUAGUUAUUCGUGGAGCAACUCAACAAAUUAUCGAUGAAGCAGAUCGCUCGCUGCAUGAUGCUUUGUGUGUUUUAGCUACUACUGUUGAAAAAACAGCUGCAGUAUACGGUGGUGGAUGCUGUGAAACUUUAAUGGCCAAUGCCGUACUCAAGAAGGCCGCCAAAACAGCAGGAAAAGAAUCAAUUGCUAUGGAAGCUUUUGCAAGAGCACUUCUGCAACUUCCGACAGCAAUUGCUGACAACGCUGGAUACGAUUCAGCUCAACUUGUAUCAGAACUGAGAGCGGCGCAUACACAAGGAAAACAUUCAUAUGGAUUGGACAUGAUUAAUGGAAAAGUUGCUUGCAUGGCAGAGCUAGGCAUAAGCGAAUCAUUCACCGUGAAAAAUCGAGUUUUAAUAUCAGCAGCUGAAGCGGCUGAAAUGAUUGUAAGAGUCGAUGAUAUAAUUAGAUGUGCACCCCGAAGAAGAGAACCAGACCGCAGACAUUGCUAAUUUUCCAUAUUUAAUACUUUACAUCUCAUUUUAUAUUCAUUUGCUUAUAAUCACGCUAAAUAAUGUAUUUUCCAAAAUUUGUGUUGAAACUAAUUGUUUUGUAUUAAAAUAGUCUAAACUUUCAGUAAAACUACCACAUUUCAUCCUCACAAAAUAUGUUAUUGGGAGGAAUUUAAUCCCUAGAAAUAAUAAUAAACAUUUUUUGUGAACUCACUUGAAUUCAAAUUUAAUAAACAUAAGGAAAUUUGUCAUAAUGCA